AUGGAACUGGGCGUGCGCAUGGGCUGGUACAUAUUGAAGAACAAACUGCGUGGCCGGAAGCGAUUCCCGCUGGUCACCAUGCUGGAACCGCUGGAGAUGUGCAAUUUGGCCUGCAUCGGGUGUGGGCGGAUCCGUGAAUACCGUGGUGUGCUGGACCAGAUGAUGCCGGUGGAAGAGGCUCUGGCCGCGGUGCACAAUUCGGCCGCGCCCAUCGUGUCCAUCGCCGGUGGUGAACCGACGAUCCAUCCCAAGAUUGACGAGAUAAUCAACACCCUGAUCGGCGAAAAGUACUUCGUUUACUGCUGCACGAACGCGCUGUUGCUGCCGCGCAUGCUGGACAAGAUCCCGCCAUCCAAGUAUUUCUGCUGGGUCAUACACAUGGACGGGAUGGAGGAAAAGCACGAUGAAUCGGUGGCACGGGCCGGCGUGUUCAAGCGGGCGGUAGACGGGAUACAAAUGGCGGUGGAGCGGGGUUAUCGCGUGUGCACGAACACGACGGUGUUCCGGAACAGCGACGUCGAGGACUUGCGGGAGAUGUUCCGCUACGUCAGCGACUUGGGCGUCGAAGGUUCGAUGAUCUCGCCAGGUUACGACUUUGAAGACGCUCCCGAUAAGGAUCUAUUCCUCACCCGGCAAGAGUCCCGGAACGUGUUCCGGGACCUGCUGGACCCAACGCGCACGCAAGGAAUGCGGUUUUAUAACAACCCGCUGUACCUGAAUUUCCUGCGGGGAGAGCGAGAAUACCAGUGCACCGCGUGGUCCAAUCCCACCUACACGGUGAUGGGAUGGCGAAAGCCCUGUUAUCCCUUGGCGGACGAACACGCCACCGACAUCGAAGAACUCUACGAACCCCAAUUGUGGGAAGAGAAAUACGGGGUGGGUAGAGACCCCCGCUGCAACAACUGCAUGAUGCAUUGCGGUUUUGAAUCAGCAACCAUAUUUAAUGCAAUUGGCAAACCCAGGGAAUGGGUCACUCUCAUCAAGUCCGGCGCCGCGCACAAAGGUGGCAUCAGCGUCGGGUAG